CGCGGUGGAGCGCGGCGCUGCAGCCAUGGCGGGCGGCGCGCGGCUGCUCUGGGUGUCGCUAUUGGUGCUGCUGGCGCAGCUGGGGCCGCAGCCCGGGCUGGGCCGACCCCGAGAGCGUCUCCGCGUGCGCUUCACCCCCGCCGUGUGCGGCCUGCGUUGCAUCCACGGGCCCACAGGCUCCCGCUGUACCCCGACCUGCGCGCCCCGCAACACCACCAGCGUGGACAGCGGCGCGCCCGGCGGGGCGGCCCCGGGGGGACCCGGCUUCCGCGCCUACCUGUGCCCCUUGAUCUGUCACAACGGUGGUGUGUGUGUGAAGCCUGACCGCUGCCUCUGUCCCCCGGAUUUCGCUGGCAAAUUCUGCCAAUUACAUUCCUCGGGGGCCCGGCCCCCGGCCCCAGCCAUGCCGGGCCUUACCCGCUCCGUGUACACCAUGCCACUAGCCAACCACCGUGAUGAUGAACAUGGUGUGGCAUCGAUGGUGAGCGUGCACGUGGAGCACCCUCAGGAGGCAUCGGUAGUGGUGCACCAGGUGGAACGUGUGUCAGGCCCCUGGGAAGAGGCGAACCCUGAAGCCCUAGCCAGGGCUGAGGCGGCAGCACGGGCCGAGGCGGCAGCGCCCUACACAGUGCUGGCACAGAGCGCGCCGCGCGAGGAUGGCUACUCAGACGCCUCCGGCUUCGGUUACUGUUUCAGGGAAUUGCGCGGAAGCGAAUGUGCUUCGCCGCUGCCCGGGCUCCGGACUCAGGAAGUAUGCUGCCGAGGGGAGGGCUUGGCCUGGGGUGUUCAUGAUUGUCAGCCGUGCUCGGAGCACCUGGGGAACUCCAACAGAGUGAAUGGCCCAAAUGGACCUUGUCCAACCGGCUUCGAGAGGGUUAACGGGUCCUGCGUAGAUGUGGACGAGUGCGCCACAGGUGGGCGUUGCCAACACGGGGAGUGCGCCAACACUCGUGGCGGGUACACGUGUGUGUGUCCCGACGGUUUCCUGCUGGACUCCUCCCGGGGCAGCUGCAUCUCCCAACACGUGAUCUCUGAGGCAAAGGGGCCCUGCUACCGAGUGCUCCAUGAUGGCGGAUGCUCGCUGCCCAUUCUUCGAAACAUCACCAAACAGAUCUGCUGCUGUAGCCGUGUGGGCAAGGCGUGGGGCCGCGGCUGCCAGCUCUGCCCACCUCACGGUUCAGAGGGUUUUCGGGAGAUUUGCCCAGCUGGCCCUGGUUACCACUAUUCAGCCUCUGAUCUCCGCUACAAUACCAGACCCCUGAGCCAGGACCCACCUCGAGUGACCUUCAAUCAACCACGUGCCCCACCAGCCACUGCUCGGCCACCCAUAGGCUUUCUGCCCACUCGGCCUCGGCCUGAAUCUCGGCCACAGCCUGAACCCCGGCCUCGGCCUGAAUCUCGGCCACAUCCUGAAACCCGGCCUCGGCCUGAAUCUCGGCCACAGCCUGAACCCCGGCCUCGGCCUGAAUCUCGGCCACAGCCUGAACCCCGGCCUCGGCCUGAAUCUCGGCCACAGCCUGAACCCCGGCCUCGGCCUGAAUCUCGGCCACAGCCUGAACCCCGGCCUCGGCCUGAAUCCCGGCCACAGCCUGAACUCCGGCCUCGGCCUGAACCCCGGCCACAACCUGAAUCACGGCCACGUCCUGAAUUUGCCCUGCCCAGCACCCCUCCUUGGACCGGUCCAGAGAGUCCUGAAUCAGGUCCCUCCUCCAGCGUGUGCCAGCGCAAUCCCCAGGUUUGUGGUCAGGGUCGCUGUGUUCCCCGGCCCAGUGGCUACACGUGUGCGUGCGACCCUGGUUUCCGACUCAACCCCCAAGGCACUCGCUGCAUAGACGUAGAUGAAUGUCGCCGCGUGCCUAUGCCCUGUGCUCCUGGACGCUGCGAGAACACACCAGGCAGUUUUCGCUGCGUGUGUGGCACAGGCUUCCAAGCAAGCCCGCAGGCUACAGAGUGCCUAGAUGUGGACGAGUGCCAGCGCGUGCCGCCGCCGUGUGACCGCGGGCGCUGCGAGAACAAGCCAGGCAGUUUCCUAUGUGUGUGUCCCGCUGGAUACCAAGCAGCGCCACACGGAGCCAGCUGCCAGGAUGUGGACGAAUGCACCCAGAGCCCAGGCCUCUGCGGCCGUGGAGUCUGUGAGAAUCUGCCCGGCUCUUUCCGCUGUGUUUGUCCGGCUGGCUUCCGCGGCUCGACGUGUGAAGAAGAUGUGGAUGAGUGUGCCCAGCACCCUCCACCCUGUGGGCCAGGCCGCUGCGACAACACUGCAGGCUCAUUCCACUGUGCCUGUCCAGCUGGCUUCCGCUCCCGAGGACCAGGGGCCCCCUGCCAAGAUGUGGAUGAGUGUGCCCGGAGCCCCUCGCCCUGUGCCUAUGGCCGCUGUGAGAACACAGAAGGGAGUUUCCAGUGUGUCUGCCCUACAGGCUUCCAAGCCAACGCUGCUGGCUCCGAGUGCGAGGAUGUGAAUGAGUGUGAGAACCACCUGGCGUGUCCUGGGCAGGAGUGUGUGAACUCACCGGGCUCCUUCCAAUGCCGUCCUUGCCCUGUUGGCUACCACCUGCACCGCGGCAGGUGCACUGAUGUGGACGAAUGCAGUUCGGCCACCCCUUGCGGUCUCCACGGCCAGUGCACCAACACGGAAGGCUCUUUCCACUGCAGCUGCGCUCCAGGUUACCGGGCGCCAACUGGUCUACCCGGGCCUUGUGCAGACAUAAAUGAGUGUCUGGAAGGCGACUUCUGCUUCCCUCACGGAGAGUGCCUCAACACGGAUGGCUCCUUUGCCUGUACUUGUGCCCCUGGCUACCGGCCUGGACCUCGUGGAGCUUCUUGUCUGGACGUGGACGAGUGCAGCGAGGAGGACCUUUGCCAGAGCGGCAUCUGCACCAACACUGACGGCUCCUUUGAGUGCGUCUGUCCUCCCGGGCACCGCGCUGGCCCAGAUCUUGCCUCGUGCCUUGACAUUGACGAAUGUCGUGAACGAGGACCUGUCCUGUGUGGGUCUCAGCGCUGUGAAAAUUCCCCUGGCUCCUACCGCUGUGUACAGGACUGCGAUCCUGGUUAUCACCCUGGCCCUGAGGGCACCUGUGAUGAUGUGGACGAGUGCCAAGAAUACGGCUCUGCGAUUUGCGGAGCACAGCGCUGUGAGAACACCCCUGGCUCCUACCGCUGCACGCCAGCCUGUGACCCUGGUUAUCAGCCCACACCAGGGGGCGGAUGCCAGGACGUGGAUGAGUGUCGGAACCGAUCCUUUUGUGGUGCCCACGCCGUGUGCCAGAACCUGCCCGGUUCCUUCCAGUGCGUCUGUGACCAAGGCUACGAGGGGGCACGGGAUGGACGUCACUGCGUGGAUGUGAACGAGUGUGAGACACUACAGGGUGUGUGUGGCUCCGCACUGUGUGAAAAUGUCGAAGGCUCCUUCCUAUGUGUUUGCCCCACAAGCCCUGAGGAGUUUGACCCCAUGACUGGGCGCUGUGUUCCUCCACGGACUUCUGCUGGCACAUUCCCAGGCUCACAGCCCCAAGCACCUGCCAGCCCCAAUCUUAUAGCGAGGCCUCCGCCCCCACCCCAACCUCGAAGACCCAGCUCUCCCAGGCAGGGACCUGUGAGCAGCGGGCGUCGUGAGUGCUACUUUGACACAGCGGCUCCAGAUGCAUGUGACAAUAUCUUGGCUCGAAAUGUGACGUGGCAGGAGUGUUGCUGUACUGUGGGUGAAGGCUGGGGCAGUGGCUGCCGUAUCCAACAGUGCCCGGGCACUGAGACAGCUGAGUACCAGUCAUUGUGUCCUCAUGGUCGGGGCUACCUGGUGCCCAGUGGAGACCUGAGUGCCCGGAGAGAUGUGGAUGAAUGCCAACUCUUCCAGGACCAGGUGUGCAAGAGCGGAGUGUGUGUGAACACCGCCCCGGGCUACUCUUGCUAUUGCAGCAACGGCUUCUACUAUCACGCACAGCGGCUGGAGUGCGUUGAUAAUGACGAAUGUGCCGACGAGGAGCCCGCUUGUGAAGGUGGCCGCUGCGUCAACACGGUGGGCUCUUACCACUGCACCUGCGAGCCCCCACUGGUGCUGGACGGCUCCCGGCGCCGCUGUGUCUCCAACGAGAGCCAGAGCCUCGAUGACAAUCUGGGAGUGUGCUGGCAGGAAGUGGGGCCUGAUCUUGUUUGCAGUCGCCCACGUCUAGACCGGCAGGCCACCUACACAGAGUGCUGCUGUCUCUACGGAGAAGCCUGGGGCAUGGACUGCGCUCUCUGUCCUGCCCAGGACUCAGAUGAUUUCGAGGCCCUUUGCAAUGUGCUGCGCCCCCCCGCAUAUGGCCCACCGCGCCCAGGCGGCUUUGGACUCCCGUACGAAUAUGGCCCAGAUAUAGGCCCACCUUACCAGAGUCUCCCUUAUGGUCCAGACCUGUAUUCACCACCUGUGCUACCCUAUGACCCCUACCCACCCCCUCCUGGACCCUUUGCUCGUCGGGAGGCCCCUUAUGGCGCCCCACCCUUCGACAUGCCAGACUUUGAGGAUGACGGUGGUCCCUAUGGUGAGUCGGAGGCUCCGGCCCCACCUAGCAGAGGCACUGGCUGGACAUAUAGAUCCAGAGACACCCGUGGUUCCUUCCCAGAGCCUGAGGAGUCCUCUGAGCGUGGAGGCUAUACAGGAGCCUUGGCUGAGCCCUAUGAAGGCCUGGAGGCUGAGGAGUGCGGGAUCCUGGACGGCUGCGCCCAUGGCCGCUGUGUGCGCGUUCCCGAAGGCUUUACCUGCGACUGUUUUGAUGGCUACCGCCUGGACAUCACCCGCAUGUCCUGUGUUGACAUCAACGAGUGUGACGAGGCUGAGGCAACCUCCCCACUCUGUGUCAAUGCACGCUGCGUCAACACCGAUGGCUCCUUCCGCUGUGUCUGCCGUCCAGGAUUUGCACCCACACACCAGCCACAUCACUGUGCGCCUGCGCGACCCCGAGCCUGAGCACCUGCACUUGGCGCCCCAUUACGCCUGCGCUCUGGGAGCUUCCAGAGCAUGCCUGGCUCCCUCUAGUCCGCGAGUGUGAAAGGAUGUCAGCCAGUCUGGACUUAGGAUGGACAGACACAGAGGGGUGCCUUUCGCUGCUCUCGUCAUUCCCAGCCCCUCCCACUAGCGCUUUGGGCCUGGCGUGGUCCAGUCCUGGGUCUACUGUCACAUUCCUUCCCUUUUAUAAAAUCUUCAAUUAAAACACCUAUUUUGUA